GAGUCUGUCUGCUCUGAGAGGACGCGGAGCCACGCCAGGACCCGCUGAAGUUCGCUUCCGAUUCAGCAGUUAAGGUUAAGCAGACCGAAGUCAAAGAGGACAUCAGAAGCACCGCCACCAAAGAUGUCAUUGUCAUUAGACAAGAUAUCUCUGUCUCUGAGUUAUGGUGCAAAAAUAACAGCAAGGCAACAGGAUGGUUUUGUCAGAGUGAGAAAAAGAGAUUUGGAGAAGCUGACAACAGAAGUGAUGCAGCUGAGGGAGUUCCUGCCCAGAGUGCUGAAGGGGGACCUGAUAGAAAUGCUGCAUAAAGCUCAAGCAGCUCAGAUAAAGUAUGAGCAGUUUGUGCAGGAGCAGGCGCAGUUAGGACAGGAGUGUCUCCACCUUCAGUCCCGACUGGAUGCAGUGCAGACUGAAUGUCAGAAAGAGAGAGAGGAAAAGUUGCUGUUACGUGAGCAGCUGUGGAAGAGCGGAGCAGAGCUGCAGCAGCAGGCAGACUUCUGCUCUGGUCUGGGAUCUGCAGCCUGCAGUCUGCUGUGGAGCUGCUCUGCCAGUGAGGACACGGUCACACGCUGGCUGGCUGAUGGGAAGCUGCAGUCCUUCCUGGCUGUAGCUGCACAGACUCUGGAGAGUUUCGUCAGGUCUCUGGAUGAGGAGACCAAAACUCAAACUGAGGACCACAACUCCCAGGAGCACCAGUUUGUGCUGGCUUUGGCUGGAACCAUAACCAACAUAGCAGCAGUAACCUGUGGCCGGAACUUCCUGUCCAGCUCGGCUCACGUCCUACUGGACACUCUGAUGAAGCUUUUGGAGCUGAUGAAGCCCGGUGUCUUCCCCAAACUCAAAGUGUUGAUGUUGAUGGCGCUGUAUAACGUGAGCAUCAGUGUUAAAGGACUGAAGUGCAUCAGUGAGAACCCAGGACUCCUGCCUCUUAUCUGGACCCUGCUGGACGAUGGAGACUGGGAGGUGUGUCUCCACUCUUUGCGUCUCCUGCAGUCUUUGUUGUUGGAGGAGGAGGUGUUGCUCCCGUUGGGCUCCUCUCUGCUGGAUCCAGACCUCCAGGCUCGUGUCAGUCGCCUCACCUCCAGUGUGCAGCCCAGCCUGAGAGUGGCAGCUCAGCAGACCCUGGAAGACCUGCAGACCCUCCAACAGGGUCGAGGAUGUAAAACAGAGCAGCCUCUAAUGUGAAUUCAGUAUCCUCACUCCAGUCGCCCUUCUGUGUUUAUUUCGCCUGUCUGUGUUUGUCUAAAGUGAGGAGAAAAUAUAGAGGUGACAGGUUCUCAUCAGAGUUAUGAAUUAUGAGUUAUGAACAGCCGUUUAUAUCCAUAGUUAAAUUGUUAAAUAGCUUUUUUA